AUGGAUGAAACUGUUGCUGAGUAUAUCCGAAGAACUGUAGUAAAAACCCCACGAGAUGAAAUCAAGACCAUGCUGCAGAAAUGGGGCUUUCUCUCUGAGACACAGCUGCAAACCAUAAACUUCCAUCAGAUAAAGGAGAAUAUUUCUCGAGAUGUUGUUCAGCUCUGUGAGGAAAAUUCUGCAGACAUAAAGCAAGCAGCUGCUCUAGACAUAAUCUACAACCACAUCUACCCAAACAAAAGAAUGUGGAGUGUUUACCAGAUGAGCAAAAGAGGGGAAGAAACGGAUUUUUUUGAUGUAACAGAUUUCAAAAAAAAAUUUAAAAGACGACUUCGGUCAGCCUUGAAAAAUGUCACUAUCAACUUCAGAGAAUAUGAGGAUGAUGCAGUCUGGAUUAGAAUUGCCUGGGGAACACCGUAUACAAAACCAAACCAAUACAAAACCAGCUAUGUUGUGUACCAUUCACAGACUCCCUAUGUCUUCAUUUCUGUCUCAGUGCUUAAAAGCAACUUGCCUCUGUUAUGUCAGGCCUUGGUAGCUGCUUCCAAUUACCAUGACAUCCGUGAAAUGGAGCUUCGAAGUCAUUCUUUAAACUCCCUUAAAGAUAUUGUGUUUAAGAGAUAUAGCCAGAACUUUCAAACUUAUUAUCCAAAGCCCCUACAAGAAAGGAACAUAGCACUGGAAAGUGCAGAUUUAAGGAUAGUUCAAGAAAACAGAAAUGAGAAAGAAAGAAUACUGAGAGUGAAUAAGGAAGUUUUUGGUGAUGGUCCCCAACCAAAGCUUGAAUUUGCACAAUAUAAGCUUGAGACGAUGUUUAAAAGUGAUCCUGAAAUGAAUGUUUUGGAUAAAAAAGAACCAUUCAGAUGCGUGGUCAAGUUUUCUAGUCCACAUCUUUUAGAAUCACUGAAGUCCUUGGCACCAGCAGGUAUGGCUGAUGCACCACUUUCACCGCUACUUACCUGUAUACCACAAAAAGCUAGGAAUUAUUUUAAAAUUAGAGAGAGAAAAGGUUUUUUUCCAGGAAGCUUUGUAAGCCCUUAA